GACAUUGACAUGUAUUUUGCGCGGAAAAAGAAGUAAACGAUUGUAAACGUAUUGUAAAAUGUAUUUUUUAAAUUAAUGUUUUCGCACGAAUAUAAGUAAACAAGAAAUUUGAAAGGAAAUCGUGAAAGAAAGGUAGAACGUGGCAAAGACAUCAAUGGGCAGCAUGCGAUGUUCAUCGCGCGCGAACACACGUGAGCCACGUGUCUGUGACGUAUCGUUGCUAUCGUUGUCCUUUGGAUACAUGCGCGACAUCGUUCAGACACCUACUGUGCGAACAAAACAUUAAACAUUUUUUUCAAAUUUUUCAUCAGCCAAGAUGAAUCAUACGGUUUACUUCUAAAAGUUUCGAGAGCAAACCGUACAGAAAAUAAUCGAACUUUACUCUCAUCGAUAAUGUGUACCAUGUGACGUUUUCUUUCACGACGAUUGUUUGUUGAAACAACAAUUACAGGAACAGGUUUGUGUUGUCUUUUGAGUUAAGUAUCGCUUAAGAGUCGUAUACUGUUAUUCACCAUGUCAGUCAAUUGCAUGGAAAUAAAGAAAUAAGGAAGAGAUUUGAGAAAUAUGCUUCCUACAUGUAACACUUUCGGUACGAUGAGAAGUAUCGAAGACUGAUAAGGAUUGCAAAAGUGCUCGGAUACAAGAUGAAGAAUCGAGCUUGGUGGAAAAAAGAAAACGGGAUUAGGAAAUUUUUCUGUUGUAUAGACAUAAUUCUUCCUCUGGAAGAAGUAGAAUUCUUCGUUUGUUAAUGACGAGACAGCUUGUAACGCCAUGCAACUUAAACUAUGCACGCCAGUUCUGUUGGUUAUAGGGACACUCUUUGGUGUCUUUGAUCCAACAGAACAAUCAGAGCGAUCAAAGCAUCCAAAUCCCUUUGAACGAGAGAGACGAAGUACGGAAUUGAUGCCUGAAGAAGAUAAUCCGCUCUUGAUGUUUUCCACGCUCGAUGGUUUUCUCGUUGGUAUCGAACAACGCUCUGGAAACGUGCUUUGGCGGCAAAGCAAUGAGCCAAUUGUCAAAGUACCGGUUGAUCUCUCGCGAGCUUCCAUGCCAGUGUUUUUGCCAGAUCCAAAAGAUGGUUCUUUGUACGUAUUCGGAACGGAAACCGAAGCUCUGAAGAAACUACCGUUUACUAUUCCCGAGCUCGUGGCGAAUAGCCCUUGUCGCAGCAGCGACGGUAUACUGUACACUGGAAGAAAGAUCGACACUUGGUUUAGCGUUGAUCCUAACACAGGGCAAAGGGAGCAACUUUUAGGUUUCGACAAAGUUAAAAAUACAUGUCCCGUGGAGAUGCAGAACGCUGUUUUUGUUGGUCGUACCGAAUACAAUAUCAUUAUGGUAGAUAGCAAACAAAAGAACAGAAAAUGGAACGUUACGUUUUAUGAUUACUCCGCUGCUAAAAUGGAACCAGAAGGAAUAGAAAAUUACGAUUUAGUUCAUUUUACGACGAGUUCGACUGGACGCAUUGUUACCAUAGACAGGAGAUUGGGAAUCGUUCUAUGGGAGCUCGAUGUAAAAAGUCCGGUAAUCGCUGUGUAUAUCGUAAGGGACGAAGGUUUGCUCACCGUUCCCUUUACAAGCGUUGCGGAUGAAACGUUGGAUCUUCUAUUGAAACGUUUCGCGAACAAACCAAGCGACAUUCAAUUAUUUCCAACGUUAUAUAUUGGUCAACAUAGACACGGACUUUACGCUCUGCCGUCUCUCGUUGAUUCGACGACGGCUACGAUAUCGAGUAAUAACAUUGGACAACUGUUGCUGGAAGGUCCAUUAGCAAUUCCACAGUUAAACAAAAAUGACAAUAGCGUUCCCCUUCCCUUCAAUGAACGCGCAUACGUCGACGGUAACACCGUUGCUCAGACGGAAUACCAAACAGUUAUCACAUUAGGUCAUUACGAAGUACCAGGCGAGUACAAACUUCAAGACCAACAACCCCUUCAGAUUACUGGUCGGUCUGAUCCUGUAACCGAAACGUUAUCACCCUUACGAUACCUGAAUUCGACGAAAGAACCACUGUCACUCGACUUGACGCAAACCGACAGCGAAUCUAGCGACGGUGAAAACAGUAGCGUGUCUUUACGCGAGCUCAUACGGAACACUUACACCGCGAGCAAGAGCUGGCUUAAUCAGCAAGAAAACAAAGGGCUGAAGUUAGCACUGAUCGCAUUGAUGGGGUGCAUCGCAACGAUGUUUUGGUAUUUGAACGCGCAGUUCAAGGAGUUCCAACAGCUUUCGCAGGGAUCCCGCGAAAGUAGCCGUACUGAUGAUUACUAUGGAAUGCGAUCGAACGUGCUCGCGUUACCGGAAGACAUGGGCGAAGGGGUCGUGAAAGUUGGAAAGAUAAGUUUCGAUACAGGACAAGUCUUAGGCAAAGGAUGCGAGGGAACCUUUGUAUAUAGAGGUGAAUUCGACGGACGCUCUGUAGCGGUGAAACGUUUGCUGCCCGAUUGUUUUACAUUUGCCGAUCGAGAAGUAGCGUUACUCAGAGAAUCGGAUGCGCAUGCAAAUGUAGUGCGAUACUUCUGCACAGAGCAAGAUAGAAUGUUUAGGUACAUCGCGUUGGAGCUAGCCGAAGCGACCUUGCAGGAUUACGUUGUGGGACGAUACGAUAGAGAAAAAAUAUCCGUGAAGAGCAUUCUACGACAAGCCACGUCGGGACUAGCUCAUCUACAUUUCCUUGAUAUCGUUCACAGAGACAUUAAACCACAUAACGUAUUGUUAUCGGCUCCGGGACCACGCGGAGAAGUUAGAGCCAUGAUAUCUGAUUUUGGGCUGUGUAAGAAGCUUCAAUUAGGCCGUGUAUCCUUCUCGCGUAGAUCCGGGAUAACGGGAACCGAUGGUUGGAUAGCGCCAGAGAUGCUAAAUGGGAACAGGACAACUUGCGCCGUGGAUAUUUUUUCUCUCGGUUGCGUUUUCUACUACGUCCUUUCCGAUGGAAAACACCCAUUCGGAGAUCCGUUACGGCGACAGGCUAAUAUUCUGUGCGGUGAGGCCGAUUUAACAGCCCUUCACGAAGGAAUGUCCCAAAGUAACAGGGAGCUCGCGCUAAUACUCAUAAAGGCGAUGAUCGCCAGCGACCCGUCCGAAAGGCCACCUGUAAUGGCUGUUCACGAUCAUCCCAUAUUCUGGGAAUCUUCCCGAAUACUUGGAUUUUUUCAGGACGUGAGUGAUCGAGUGGAGAAAGAUCAGAACGAUAGCCCGGCGCUGAUUGCAUUGGAAACCGACAACGACCGGGUUGUACGAGGAGACUGGAGAUUACUCAUCGACGUAGAAGUCGCAACGGAUCUUCGAAAAUAUAGAAGUUACCGCGGAGAAAGUGUCAGAGAUCUCCUAAGAGCGUUACGAAAUAAGAAACAUCACUACAGGGAGUUGAGCCCAGAGGCUCAAGAAAACCUUGGAGGUAUUCCCGACAAGUUUACGGACUACUGGCUCUCGAGAUUUCCCUGUUUGUUAUCACACGUUUGGAGCGCGAUGCAAGCUUUUCGCCACGAGCCAACUUUGAGAGACUAUUAUCAUACCGAUUACAAGUUCGCGAAUAACAUCUGCGAGACGGAGACCGCGAGAAUGAGAAACACACACUCGACAAACUAUACGUUACCAUCGGUUUCUUGGAGAGUACGAGAUAACGUUGACUGGAGCCCGAAUAAAUCUAGAUACCGCGGUCAACGACGGAAGCAAGAGAAAAAGAAAAUCGAGGUACCGCUCGCGUGGACCUUAUCGUCGAGUUAGGGGAGAUUAUUGGUUUUUAUCGAUGAAGUCUGUAAUGGUAAAGAGAGUCUAUACGUGUUUGCGUAUCGACUGUUGUACAAAGGGUAUCGAUUACGGUGCGCGUAAAGAAUAU